CCUUAACCUAGCCCUGAGCUGUAGUGUGGUCAUUAUACUCAUCUUACAGAGGAGGUCACCAGAGCACAAAGAGGUUACCAGCUUGCCCAAGGUCACACAGCUGGGGAGGGGAGCUGGGGUCUAAACCAGGCAGUCGGGCUCCAGAGUCCAUGUGUUAGCCACCACACUCCUUGUCCCCUGGAAUAUUAGGGGCCCGUCCUGCCACUUGGGCAGGUAGGACGGGCAGGCCCCUUAGCUUCCUGAGGCCCACCUUCACCUGUAAGAUGGGGGUAGUGACACUGUCUAUAAGGGCAAUUAGAGUCACAGAAGGUGGGGGUAGGAGAUGACCUGGUGGGGUCAGACGGGAGGUCACCCUGAGGCCUUUGUGAGGCUCCUCUGCUGGGCUCAGCAGGGAGGACUAGAGGGCUGUUCUUGUUCCCACCUCUGGGACUGUGACCACUUCUAUUCCUCAGGGAUGUGCUGGUGACUUGGUCAUUCUUCCAGCAGCUUCUGCUGACCCCUGCCAGGGGCCAUGUCCCGUACUGGGUGUCCCACCCUCGGAGAGCUCACGGCCUGGGGGCAGAAAUUGACAAUUCAGGUCCUGCCUGGUGGGCUAUGCGAACACAGAAGAGGGUUCUGGAACCCAGACUGGAGGAACAGGGAAGGUGUCCUGGAGUGUGUAACAUCACAACUGAGACCUGAAGGAGACAGGAGUUGCCAGGCAGGGACCCAGCACAGUGCCUGGCAUAUAGUAGAAGCCAUCUGUUGGCUGACAAAAUGAGAAAUGUUUUCUGCAGGAAGCACUAUGUAUGGCAAAGGCCUGGAGUAUCUGGUCUGUGGGGGACUCUGGGAGACUCUGGCCCUCUCUUGCCCCUCCAGGUGCUGGGGCUGCUGGUGUGGGCCCUAAUUGCCGACACCCCAUACCACCUGUAUCCGGCCUACGGCUGGGUGAUGUUCGUCGCUGUCUUCCUCUGGCUGGUGACAAUCAUCGUCUUUGUCCUCUACCUGUUUCAGCUGCACAUGAAGUUUUACAUGGUGCCCUGGCCGCUGGUGUUAAUGAUCUUUAAUGUUGGUGCUACUGUUCUCUACAUCACGGCCUUCAUCACCUGCUCAGCUGCAGUUGAGGUGACGGCCCUGAAGGGCACCCGUCCGUAUAGACAGCGUGCAGCUGCCUCGUUCUUUGCGUGUUUAGUGAUGAUCGCCUAUGGAGUGAGCGCCUUCUUCAGUUUCCGGGCCUGGCGAGGAGUAGGCAGCAAUGCAGCCACCAGUCAGAUGGCCGGCGGCUACGCCUAGUCCACCUGUGCCCAUGGCCCACCUUGGGGCUGAAGGCUGCAGCUGGGUCACAGUACAGGGUCAGCCCCACAAACACGUGGCCCGAGCCCUGCAGGGAGCCAGCUGGGCAGAGACUAUACCUGCUUACCAGACGAACUCUCACAACUUCCCUAAGAAACAGGAUCCUUCCUCUGCUUUGGCCCCAGUCGGCACUUGUGGGCUGGAAACAGGCCCACAGCGGAGACAUCCUCCUCAGCCCCUUAUUCAGCGGAAGAUGAUGGGGGACAUGGGGUUCUGUCUCUGCUUUGUCUUUAGAGGAUGUCAGUGUCCCAGGCUGGGGUCCACCUUUCUCACCAGCACUAAAUGCACUAACAAAGGCUCCUCGGAGCUGCAGCCCUGACCCACCAGAGUGUAAGGCUAACAAGCAACAUGUAUUUAUCUUAGUCUUUCUUCCAGGGGAGCUGAGCAAAUUCACAAAAACUUUUCUGAUUUCUUAAAACACAAUUUGCCUCCCCUGCCCCCAAGCCAACAUGAUGCUUGUAGGAAGAGGAUUCUGAUUUCUGACAGUGUGGUCUUUCCUUCCCUGCAUUUCAAACAUACAUUGUUUAAAAAUAAUCCAUUUUUAAAACAUGGCUCCAUGGUGAAAACCCUAUCCAGAUUUUCUUCCCUUUCCCAAGCCCUUGGUUUUUAAUACUCCCUUUGGACAACUCUUAACAUCAAUGCCAAUGGCUCCCUGCCACUGUUGAUUAGGUACAUGGGACAGGAAAUGGAGGGAGGGAAUCAAGACCUUGCCUGGUGAGUUGUCACGUGGUUGGUGGUGACUUUGCUGUUGCUCUUUUUUUUUUUUUAAUAAAAAUAAAGAUGGAAAAACUGAUUUGAAAAAGAUGUUAGGGGAAUCGUUUGUAAACUCCAGGGAGCUGCAGGUUAAGGCAUACAAGGGUCCCAAAAAGCCUACUACAGGGAAACUCAAGUUCUGGAGUCAUUUAGCACCACCAGUCAAUUCUGUGACCUGAGGUAGGGUGACAGGAUACUUCCUGGCUGCUCUGCCUAGAAGAGUCCCAGUUGAUGUGAUUGUCAUGGCUUAAGUUCAAGUUCAGAGAUUAUCUAAUCAAAGUGGCUGGCCCAUGCGAGAUGCUCAGGGACGUUCUGAUGCCCUAGAUGCGGACCUAGAUGCUCAGGUAGAGGAAGCAGCAAGCAAAGCAGGCAAGUCCUGCUGAGCUUAUUUUUUAAUACUGCAGACCAGCAUUCUCAUUAAGACAAAGGAAUUCCUAGGCACUUCUUAAAAAAAAAACAAAACUGAGAAUACAAAUGAAACUAUUUGAGCAGGUGGGGAUGAGCCAUUCCAUUAUGCAUGGAUGGGGAGCUACA